CACAAGAAGCGAAUACACUGUGGCGUGAAGGGCCUCCUUGAUUAUCCUAAUUAAGUUCUGUCUAAUUAAAUUACUGUCACGUGUUAACCAAUAGCAAAAGUCGAUUCAUUAACGAUGCAGGCGGCAGGAAUGAAAAGCGAAAGCCCCCUCGAUUGCAAAGGUAGUGUCAACUGGCUGAUUUGCUUUCUUGCACAAAGUAGCUCCGACCGCGGGAAGGCGUUUUUUUUUCUCUCCCGGGUUAACUUCGCGAGGCGUUAAGCCUGCGGUCUCACGUCGCACGCGUUAAUUGCCCGCUUGCCGUCGUCGAAAGCUAUGCAGCUCGAGCACUGCAUCUCGCCAGCUCUCGCGCUCUCCAAGAAAUGUUUGAGUGUGGGCAGUGGCUACCCAAACUCAGAGGGUUCUGAUCUCGCCUUGCACGGCCAUCCUAUUACAUCUGCUCGUGACAACCUGGAGAGAAGUUCACCCCUGAAAAAAAACUCCGCUGGGAUGACGAAUCAGUCAGAGGCGGACAAUUUUGCCGACUCUAAGGACUCGUCGGGAGACGUGCAGAGAGGCAAACUCUCUCCAGCGCUCGACGGUGUCGCUGACAUUCGUCACAACUUCGAUGGAUCUGCUGGAGAAAGGUAUCUCCUGUCACAGUCCAGCCAAACUCAGCCUCUCUCCGCCAGCCCCGCCGCCAUGUUCCCCUACCCCAGCCAGCACGGACCAGCGCACCCGGCCUUUUCCAUCGGAAGCCCGAGUCGCUACAUGGCGCAUCAUCCUGUCAUUACGAACGGAGCUUACAACAGUUUGCUGAGCAACACUUCCCCACAGGGCUACCCGAGCGCCGGCUACCCGUACGCUCAGCAGUACGGCCACGCGUACCAAGGCGCCGCUUUCUACCAGUUCAGCUCGGCGCAGGCCGGACUGCUCCCGGGUAAAGCGCAGAUCUACCUGUGCAACAGGGCGCUGUGGCUCAAAUUUCAUCGCCAUCAGACCGAGAUGAUUAUAACCAAGCAAGGGCGGCGAAUGUUCCCGUUUUUAAGUUUCAACAUAUCCGGCCUGGACCCCACAGCUCACUACAACAUUUUUGUUGAUGUGAUUCUGGCGGAUGCGAACCACUGGCGCUUUCAGGGAGGCAAAUGGGUUCCGUGCGGCAAAGCGGACACCAAUGUGACAGGAAACAGGGUGUACAUGCACCCAGAUUCUCCCAACACGGGCGCGCACUGGAUGCGCCAAGAGAUUUCAUUUGGAAAAUUGAAGUUAACGAACAACAAAGGAGCCUCGAACAACACAGGACAGAUGGUGGUGCUGCAGUCUCUACAUAAAUACCAGCCGCGGCUUCACGUGGUGCAGGUGAACGAAGACGGAACGGAGGACACGAGCCAACCUGGCCGCGUGCAGACCUUCACCUUCCCCGAGACGCAGUUCAUCGCCGUCACGGCCUAUCAAAAUACCGAUAUUACACAGCUAAAAAUUGACCAUAAUCCAUUUGCAAAAGGAUUCCGGGACAAUUAUGACACCGUCUACACAGGUUGCGACAUUGAUCGCUUGACGCCGUCCCCGGGUGAGUCUCCGCGCUCUCAGCUCAUGCCGAGCGCGCGCUACGCCGCCAUGCCGGGCUCCUUCCUGCAGGACCAGUUUGUCAGCUCGUAUGCCAAGUCCCGCUUUCACCCUGGCGUCGGUGGCGCUCCUGGCACGGACCGCGGCGUCCCGCUCGGCAACAGCUUGCUUUCGCCGCAGCAAACCGACGAGACCGCGGUGGGCUCCCCGCAGCGCUGGUUCGUCACCCCGGCCAACAACCGACUGGACUUCGCCGCCUCGGCGUACGACGCUGCCGCCGCGGCCGAUCUCGCGGGCAACGCGGCCACGCUGCUCUCGUACGCGGCCGCCGGAGUCAAAACUCUCCCACUGCCCGCGGCCGGCUGCUCUAACCGGGCCCUGGGCUACUACGGCGAGGCGACGGCGUGGGGAGCACGCACUCCGCCUCAGUACUGCGGUAAAUCCGGUGCCGUGCUCCCCUGUUGGCCCUCCAACUCAGUCCCGGGCCGGACAGCGGCUGCGGGUUACCUGGUCGGGCUGGACGAGGGCGACCCUGCCGCGCCUGAGAGAUCCCCGCUGGGCACAAACGACGACGCCAAACCCAAGGACCUGUCCGAGUCCAGCUGGAUAGAGACGCCCUCCUCAAUUAAGUCGAUCGACUCGAGCGAUUCGGGCAUUUUCGAGCAAGCCAAGCGGAGGAGGAUCUCUCCAUCUGCCACGCCGGUUUCGGAAACAGCAUCGCCGUUAAAAUCUGAAAUGCUGACGCCCAGGGAGUGCGAGAAGAACUGCUCCAAGGACAUUGGCUACUACAGCUUCUAUUCACACAGUUAGACACUGGAAGUGGUCGGAACGCAGGGCACUGCUCCUGCCACCACGAGUUCAAAGAAUCCGAUUCAUAUUGAUCUAUUUAUUCAUAUUUUAUUUUGGCUAUUUAUUUAUCUAUUUAUUCGUGCAUUUAUUUGUAUAUUUAGAGCUACUAAGCUACGCGGCCUAUCAUUCUUUUUAAAACUUAGUACCAGGUUUAUAAUUUACUUUGUUUGCAUUUGUUGAUAACACCACUGUAACUAAAUAAUGUAUAUACCUGUGUAGACAUCCGUGAUUUCUCAUUACCUGUUGAUGUACAGUAUGGAGAAGGACAGGACUAUUAGAUUCCUGGGGCGAUGUUUUUAGCGGAAAUCCGGCUGUUUUAUGUUGGAAAUGCUUUAGGUUGGAAGAGAAGUGGUAAGGCCCAGUCUGUCUUCUCCUACAGAAACGCUCUUACAGGAGAUGACAGAUAGGGACCACUCAGAGUUCCAGACAUUCAGUAGCUCAGUGUUAAUAGACACCAAACAGAGUUGUAUUGCAUUGUAUUGCUGUUGUUUGGAAAUAUAUUAGUCUGUAGUUUAAUCGUUGCUCUCUACGUGAGAUCAUUUUGUACUUUGUUGUAACGCUGUUGGUAGGCCGCUAAUGAUGAAAUCAGAUACUUUUAUGAUAUUUAAAUCCUUGGUAUAAGGGAAAAGCAGUAAAUUAUUUGUACAGGGCAGGUACCAUUUCUUACAGGCGACAUCAUUUCACCAUGUUCCGACCUCCGACAUUUUUAUUGUGAUUUAAUGGGCAUUUAUUAUGAUGAUUUUCCUCCUAAUUUCAUAAUUCCCGAGACGAGACGCAUCAGUUAGGCCUGCUGAUAAAAAGAUAAUGUAAUUGUGCUGUGCUUCUUUGCAAUAAAUACAAGAGCCUAAAACUGUUAGCAAAACAGCCUUCAAAUGAGACUUCUAAUCAAGGUUCAAUCGUGCCUAAAAAUGUAGGUUAUUCUGCCAUGUUCUCAGGUUUGGCGCCAGGAGCAUGUGCUUUAGAGGAGUACGCGUCCAUCUGUCGCUCUAUUAGUCUAUUAUAUUAACACUGCAAUGUGUGCAAUUACAUUCCCUUCUCCCCAUGCAUCAGUGGUACAUUUUACAAAAAAAAAAAAAAUAAUAAUAAUGAUAAUAACUUGUCUACUUCGUUACCACAUAGGCCACAAAAACAUAUUUACAACAACAAAGAGUAAGGAGGAAACACCUUUUUUUUUUUUUUCCAGUGGGUCUUAUUAACAUGGAUUACGCACAGAGAAAAAUGAAUUAGUGUCCAACAGGUAGUUCUAAAAACAACAGCAUCAAAAAACCCUCUAAUCUGAGUUACUACUUUUGGCAACAGAUUGACGAUAUGAUGCACAUAUGGCACACAGAUAAAGGCAUAUUGAGGCCGCCAAGUGUCACCUACACACUAUUAAGAAAUGGCAGCAAUAUCUCAGUCACAGUCUCAAACAAUGAGUUAAAAAUAAAAUGCAUUCAUUUUAAUGACCCUAUGUUCCAGUAAUCUUUUGACCCAGUUUAUUUUAUUACAAGUUCCUAUGAAUUGAUUAAGUUAGUAAGCUAACUGGGAUACAAAUACAUAGUUUAUCAUAUAUGCAGUAAAAUAAGAAUAUUCUUUAUGAUAAACCCUUAGACAACAAGUUCUUUUCAUCAUUCUUGUCACAUUCAGUAUGAGUACAAAUGGCAGGCUAUGGAAAUAGUGUAGUCUAGUAAAAUAAAUUUUGUGGGUCUAUAUGCGUUGUUUAUCAAUUAUAUGUGCUUUGAUUUUUGUGUUGUCAUAUCCUAGCAGUUGUUGCUACACAACCCAGUGUGUGUGGUUUCAUGUGGAAACUUUGUUUUGCUGCCAUCCGGUGGUGGCGGAAUUUUCCUUCCUUCCUGCUUCAGUUAAAUAUCAAUUAAAUCCCACGGGAUGCUUGUUAGCAAAACGUUUAAGGUUGAUGAUAAUGUUAGGGAAGCUGAUUAACAAUUCGAAGAAAGGGGUUUUAGCUGAAGCCUGAUAUCCCAAAAUAAUUUUGGAAAAGGAAUUACAUGUCAAUUACGCAAUUACACCUCAUGUCCACCAGAGGGCGCCAGCAGCAGCGCCAUGUUCAGACAAGGGUCUCAGAGCUGAUUUACCAACCAACCUAGACACAAUAAUCAAUCGUAUUAUAAAAAAAAAGAAAUGACAAUAAAUGAUUCGUGGCUGAACUUGGCCACUGACUUGAUUUAAUAUAAGACGUUGUAAAUAUAUACUUAUAAUUUUGCAGCUGAAGUUCCCAGUUCAGAAUCUUCCUUUAUGCUUAAAGGAAAACUCCACCCUGAAAAACAUUAAAUAUGUCCAUAUUGAAAUAUUUGUGAUGUGUUUAGCGAAUUUGGUGCUAAUUUGUUGGUUGGUGCUGUAUUUUCAUUAUUCCUGUGAGAAGUUUAUGGUUGUGCACUGUGCUGACAUCACUAGGGGCCAUUGCUAGUGCAGUCACAAUAGUGUCUAAUAAGAGAAAAGAAAUUUAAUCAUCUCAAACAUAAGUGAUAACGGUCAGGUUUAACCGUUAGCUCCUAAAAAAAGUGCAAGAGCUUCUGUUCUCACUCACCUUUACUUACGAUGGCCAGUGUCAUAUUAAUGAGAAAUGAAACACAGAAAUAGUGGCAACAGCAAAAGGACUCAAAAUUCCAGAAUGCAAUGCAGCUAUAUGAUGCAGUUGAGUUACGGCAGAGACUUGCCCUGGCUAGUUAGUGAUCUAUGAAAUGACAAGCACAAUAACAUCAAUGGUGGUAUUAGCAUGAAAAUUGAAAAGCUGUAGAAUUGUGUUUGAGUAGAGUGUACAGAUGAAGAGGUGAGAGAGCUGGACAAAUGGAAAGACUAAAGUGUUGUUACAUCGUUUUCUUUACAUAGAGAUUGCUAAUGCUGUGUUCGAGACAAGGUUGCAGUUUGUAAAUCCCUGCCUCCAACCAGUAAAAGCCACAGAAAACACCCCCUCAACAUUUCAACUCAUCAACUUGGGGUAGUCUUCUCAAGUACAGUUCCUUCCCUGUUUACAGAAUGAUGUCAAAUCAACACAGUCGUGUACACUGUGACCAGUGUAAAGGCCCCCUUCACUACAAGUAAAUUAGUUUAUAACAGUAUUGGCUUUAGAUAAAUUAAUACAUAGAGACAUGUUUGAGAAGGUAAUCAGAAGGUAAUCAUGAAUGUUAAAGUUAGUUAUAUAACUAACAUUAGCUGGCUAGCUUCUUGCUAACACUAAUCGCUUUUGACCGCUGGUGUUGCUGUACUGCAAUUUCAGUCCAGAAUGUUGCAUGAAUGUUUGAAGUCCACUAUAGUACAACAGUAUCAGUAGCCACUCAGGCCUGUAACUAUGAAACUGCAGUCACAGUAGCUAUUUAUUAGCAAACAAAAGACACUCUUUCAUGGAGGUGUCCAUGUUUUUUUUCCCACUUUGCUUGUCGAAUGUGCCGAGGUGGGAAAUUAUGUCAUUACAACUUGCAAAUUUCCACUGACAAGCCACCAAAAUGCAGCAGAAAGGUUGGAAGGAAGGAAGGUCUACAAAUAAAGUAAAAAAUAAAAGCCUUUUCUGUCACAUUGACAGUUUUAUAGUUUAAACGUUACCCUUUAUCAACACAGAGUAGCUGUAUGUUUUCACUCAACAGCCAUCUAUCUAUCUAUCUAUCUAUACAUACAGUCAGGUCUGGAAGUAUUUGGACAAUGACAGAGUUUUUGUGAUUUUGCCUUUAUACACCACCACAAUUGAUUUGAAAUAAAACAAUCAAGAUGUGA